AUGUAGAAAAUUUGGACAUUCAAAGAUAACGAGAACAUCGAUACAGAGGGUGUUGAUCUUAAAACCUUUAAGCCAUCUGGAAAGUUCUAUGAAGACGUUGAAGUGUUAUGCAGAUUGUUCAAUACUAAGGUACAUCCUGCCCUAAAACCAGCAGUAUAUUCAAUGACAGAGGAAUAGAAACAGUAACAUGAUUCUUAACAAUAAUUACAAUAAAAUGCUGCUGAAGAGUAAAAGCAUGCCGAAAUUAACACUUUAAAUCUAUUCAAGCACAGACUUGACAGAAACUCAAUGAAGGUAAUGUUCCUUGCACUUCAGAGCUCACCAAAUAUUCAUACUCUUAAAUUCAGCAAUAACGGCUUUACUCAUUCAUAAUUCUCUUAAAUGAUUGACUAUCUUUCACAGGAAACUUGCCCAAUUUAGCAUUUAUUCUUUGAUUGGAACCCUAUUUACGAGAACGAUUACUCAACUCAGUUUGCUUAAAGGAACUAGCUUUAUCAACCUAAGUAGGCUACUGAAUCUUGCCUAUUUGCUAAAUUAUUGCAAUAAAAUCACAAACUUUAAGUAUUAUUCUUGAGAGCCUCAAACUUGACAGAUGAGGAUGUUAAAUAAAUAUGCCAUGUAUUGAAGCCAGAUCCAGCUAAUCCAGCUCAUGCUAACAAAACUCUUAAGGUCCUAGAUAUCUCCUACAAUCCUAUUACCAAGGCUUCUCUAAAGUCAAUUGCUGAUAUGAUGGACCUAAAUCGUACCCUUGAGUACUUAGGCUUAGCAAAAUGUAGUCUCUAAGCUAAAUCCUUGAAUAAAAUCCUCAAUCAAAUUGGAAGAAUUCCUUUCCCUUAGGACUAGGUUGAGGCUCAUCUCGGAAAACUAAAGGCCAGAGAUUAGAUCAUAGAAAAGAACAAGAAACUUAAACAGUCAAAGAAGCCAGAGGAACCAGUUCCAAUACUUGAUAAUAUUGAGUAGCAAACUUCUAUUGCUGCUGAUGGUAGUGAAGUUCAAGGCUGGGUUAUGCUUAAGAAUGUUUAAUUCAAGCACAUUAACCUUUGCAUGAACGAAGUCAAUGAUGACAUCAAGGAAAAUGUUGCUUUACUUCUCAGAAGAACCAAUGAUGAUUUCGGUAUUACUUUAUCUGGAAAUCCAAUCGGUAAAGAUAGCAUUGAAUUCCUCCAAAGAACCGCCUACGAAGUGCAUCAGCACAGGAUACAAAAUUAAACUGACCUAACUAAUCAAUAACACAUUGAUUAGUAUAUUGGUCUUAAGAGAAUUGCUUUUUGA